AAACAUGGAGGAACCAAAACAGAGAAACUGCCGCUGAAGCUGCUGAACAGUCAUUUAUUUACCUAUCUACGCUCUAAAACGUUGUAAAUGUAAUAAUUUUUAGAAGCCGAUUUUCUCUUUAUGCGUUUUAAAAGCGUCUAGUGGAAGUAAAAUGUCGCUAAAUGUGUCGUGUACGCAGGUUUCUCAGAAAAGGACUCUGUCGAGCCUCCUCGCUGGUCGUGUGGUGAAGAGGCCGAAGCAGGCAGAUGUUCGGAGGCUGCAGGAGGCGGCGAUCCAGCUGUUGGAGCAGCAGCAGAACCUCAGCAGUCUGUUCAGGGAGGUCGGGAAUCCAGAUCCGUGGAACAUCUUCAGCUCUCAGGAUGGAGUCCAGAACCAGGGAACGUCUGAAGGCAUCGUGUCCGACAUCACAGGCUCUCUGCUGGUGGGUGAACUGAGGCGUCAGGCUGAACAUCUGGGAGUCUCGGUGACGGUUCUGUCGGUGAAGAUGGUUCUGGAGAGGCUGAAGGAGAUCACAGAGGAGAGGAAGGAGGACGAGAGGAGGGAGAUGCUCACCGACUCUCAGAGGGUCCAGCUGUUUGUCCUGCUGAAGUCCACCAGAGAGCUUCUGUCACAAGGAGUCUUCUGCUCCAAACUGCUGUGGCAGGAGUACAGCAGAGAUCAGAGUCCACCCAGACUGGAGGUCCUUUAUCAUCUCCACUUUUACAACAUCCUCGCUCUGAAGUACAUCAUAGAGAGCGAUGAAGGUGUGAAGUUGUGGUUGGUUCCUCAGCUGAAGGCUCUGUGUGGCUGGACGCCUCCACAGGAAGAAGAAGAGACCAAACUAGUUCAGCAGAAAGUCCUGUCAGCGCUGCUCGGCGUCUUGGUCGGAUCGGGAUUUGAGCGGAGCGACGAUCCGACGGCUGCGGAUCGAAGGAUCUCACCGAUCUGCCGCUCGGUGCUCGACGACGUGCUCUUCUGGCUUCUGGAUGCCGUGGACACGAAGUCGGCUGGAGCUGGAGCUGAGCUCUGGAUUCAGAUAUUCGAUGCUUCCCUGUGUGGAGUUUCAGCCUCAGCAGAAGCCCUCCAGCGUUUCUUCACUCACUCCCUCACCCAGACUCUCACCUACAAGCCUCGACUAACGGUGUCGGACGCCGUCUCUCAGCAGAACCAGUGGAUUUUCUCCAAAGCCGACCGUCUGCUGACGUCUCUGUACAGAAAGCUGGCUGUGAUGUUCGGCGUGGAGCAGCUCCUCAAUCAGCUGCAGCAGGUUUUAGAAACUCAUGAGGUCAACUGGAAGCUGGUGCUGAGCUUCGUGUCCACGCUGCUGGUUUAUUCCCAGUCCGCCCAGUCCAGCCUCAGAGAUCUGCUGUCCAGGCUGCUGAACUCUGCAUUCGAAGGCUACGACCUGGAAAACAUGAUCACGGCCUUCCUGUUGGCUCGACAGGCUUCACUGGAGGGACCCGGCGUCUUCUCCUCUUACAGCGACUGGUUCAAGAUGUCGUUCGGUGGCGGCAGCGGCUUCCACGCCAACAGUAAGAAGUCUCUGGUGUUCCUGCUGAAGUUCCUGUCAGACCUGGUGCCCUUUGAGCCUCCACAGUACCUCAAGGUUCACAUCCUUCAUCCUCCGUUCGUUCCUGUGAAACAUCGCAGCCUCCUCAUGGAGUACGUCUCUCUGGCCAAGACCAGGCUGGCUGACCUCAAGGAGUCAGUGGAGGACAUGGGUUUAUACGAGGAUGUUUCUGGUGCUUCUCUGCAGCCUCAGUGUCAGGCCGUCCAGGACGUGGAGAAAGCAGUAAGUCUGUUUGAGGGCACAGGAAGGAUCUCAGCUACAGUCAUGGAGGCCAGUAUUUUCCGGAGGUCGUACUUCUUGACUCGGUUCCUUCCUGCUCUGCUGACUCCCAGGCCGCUUCCUGUUAAACCUGAUGCUCGGAUGAGUUUCAUAGAAGCUCUGAAGAAAGCAGAUAAGAUUCCUGCUGCACAGUAUUCGUCCUACGUAGAGUCCUGUCAGAAACAGAGGCAACACAACACGAACGCAUCGUGUUCGGACGCUAAAGACGACCCUCUGGAGGUCCUGGAGGUUCAGCUGAUGGAGUUCACAGAGCUGGUUGUUGGAGGAGAUGAAGGAGAGAUCUCGGCUCAGCUGUCCAGAAUCUCUCACACUCUGAGCGUCGUCUUCCCCGGACGUCCUGACGAUCUGACCGGACAAACGGUUAUUAAACUCGACGCAGACGCUCCUCAGUCCUCUGAGCUCCACGUUAAAGUUGUCAACAUGAUCCUGAGGAACUUCUGCCAGUGUGUGUUGGACACCUCCAGAGCAAAUCCUCCCAAUAAACAAACCCAGUGGGCCUCCAGGUUCGUCGGUGCUCUGAUCGGUAACUCUCAGCUCCUCUGCAGCCUCGUCCACAGACUCUGGGACCUUUUUCACAACCAGGCCUCGUCUCUGAGUUCUGCUCAUGUUCUUGGUCUGGCCGUGUUCGUGGUCCAUCUUUACGCCUCCACAUCAAACAGUCCUCUGGUUCAGCUUCCUGCUCGGCUGGUGUCUGUUGGAGAAGCUCUCAGCUCAGCUCUGGUCUGCAGCAAACACGCUGACAUGAUCUUCUGUGUCCGGUUGUGUAUUGCUGCUGUGUGUUACGGGAUCUGCAGGACUGAGUCACUGCCUCAACACCAGCUGCAGGACUUCAUCCCCAGCAGCAUCUACAAGAAGCUUCUGUACCUGAUUCCCAGACUGCUGCCUGAAACCAGGAGAACAGCUGCCCAACAUCUGGAGGAGAACCUGUGGAGCAGCGUCACCGACAGCAGCAGCAGCUGGAGGGAAACAGCUGGACACAUGUGGAGGAGCGUCGCCUUCCAGCAGCUGGAACAGAAACCAGAGUAUCAGUUGUUGUUCUCAGAGUGGCUGCGCAACGAGCUCAGAGUCCAGAGAAGUGAAGACGUCCUGAAUGAAGCAGAACGGCAGGAGUACCAGCAGUGGGUUUGUUUGGAGCUUUAUCUGACUAAACGUGGGGAGGAAGGAGGCUGUGGAGGAGACGUGAACAAGCUCUGCUCUCAUCUCCUCCAUGGAGUCAUGGAGCUGCAGCCAAGCAGUGAGCAGGAUCUGGAAAACGUCAGUCUCAGAGUGUGUGAAUCUGGAGGCUGUUUACCGGAUAUCCUGUCCAGAUUACAGGAGGUCGUGUACGAGAUGGAGCUGACCGACCUCCAUGGAAGCCGAGCAGAUGUUUGCGACGUCCUGUUCGAGGUGGUGUUUCAGAGAUUCUCCUCCUCGUCUUCAGCAAACAUCAGCAGCGAUCUCAGUCUGCAGCAAACUCUGCACACCUGGAACAGAGUUCUGUUGACUCUGCCGCCUGCUCUGUUGGUUAAACUGAAGGCUGAAGGAGGACGGACGGCUCUGGACUGCAGCAAACUGAUCCAACACGUGAACCAGCAUCAGAGGCAGGCGUGUUCUCCGGUCGGCCUGCUGUGCUGCUCCGUCACCUCACACCUCCUCAGAGGGCUGCUGUGUGCCAGUUCACGGUGCGGACGUCCAGGAGAAGAGUUCAACAGAAGCUGGUCUCAGAUCAGCGUUAAAUGUCCUCUGCUGCUCGUCUCCACAGCAUUCCAUUGGCGGCGUCUGUCUGCUGUUCUGUCGUCUUUGUGGCUUCGUCUGACUGAUGGAGAUUCUCUACCGGAGCAGCUGAAGAUCAUCUCUGACUGUCAGAACUGGAGCUGCAGUUUGGAGAAAGGCCAGAUGUUGCAGACGCCUCCAGCUGCUGCUCUUCUGUCGGCCUCCAGUCUGCAUCGAGUCUGGAGACGCUGUGAAGGAAACGACCGGAGCUUCAGAGCAGCUCUGAAUCUGCUGCGACCAGAGAGAGACGCCAAGUACAAACAGAUGCUGGUCUUCCUGUUCUUCCUGUGCGUGAACGACUACCUGUCAUCACUGCUGCAUCCUCAGGAGAAGAACCACGAAGAAGUCGGACGUUUCUGCACCGAGCUCCUGAAUCUGCUGGUCGACUCUCCUGAUUGGCUGCUCAUCUUCAAACCCAACGAUCAAGGUGUUUACCAGUCUGUUACCAUGGUGACGUCAGAUAGGUUUACUCGGCUGAUGCCCUGGGCUUUCUGCAGUCUGCUGCUCCACCAGAGUCCUGAGCUGCUGCACAGAGCUCUGAGGUGUCCAGGUUUCCUCCAUACCGCCGUCGUCUGCUACGUCAACGUCCUGCAGCUCUUCCUGGAUGGAGAAACUCCUCCGACAGCCACAGAGAAGCAGGUGGAGCCCUCAGAGAUCCUGAACCAAAGCAAACGGCUCAUCCUGACGGUGAUUUCACGGUCGUCUCCUGCUGCGCUCUCAUCCAAACAACGCACACAACUGGAGUCUCAGUGUGCAGAUGUGGAUCCAGAUGUUGCAGCAGCUCUGUCGCUUCACCUCGACCCCCAGAGCCUCAGUCCAGAGAUGGACUUCCUGUGACGGACCAACGGACAGUGGUGCAGCGUGACGUCAAACAAACUGUCUUCAGACUGU